AUGACACCCCAGCUCGAACCAUAUUUCAAGCAGGUGGACGGCCUUGCAGACCACUUCAUUGAGCGCCUCCGUCAAGCUGUGGCUAUCCCUUCGGUAUCCGCCGAAGACGAGCGAAGACCAGAUGUUGUCAAGAUGGGACACUUCCUUCACGAGGAGCUUAAGAAGCUGGGGGUGGAGACGGAAUUGCGGCCUCUCGGCAAGCAGCCACACAAGGAACACCUCGACCUUCCCCCAAUCGUGCUUGGUCGGUACGGUAACGAUAAGAACAAGCGUACUAUCUUGGUAUACGGACACUACGAUGUACAGCCCGCCAACAAGGAAGACGGAUGGAACACGGAACCUUUCGAACUGUCAAUAGAUGACAAGGGUCGUAUGUUUGGAAGAGGUAGCACUGACGACAAAGGCCCUGUUCUCGGCUGGCUGAACGCUAUCGAGGCUCACCAGAAGGCUGGGCUUGACUUUCCCGUGAAUCUGCUCAUGUGCUUUGAAGGAAUGGAGGAGCAUGGGUCCGAGGGUCUGGACGAUUUCAUUAUGGAGGAGGCCCAGAAAUACUUCAAGACCGCCGACGCUGUGUGUAUUUCAGACAAUUACUGGCUCGGAACUGAAAAGCCAUGUCUUACAUACGGUCUUCGUGGAGUACAAUACUACUCCCUGGAAGUCAGCGGCCCAGGGCAAGAUCUUCACAGUGGCGUCUUUGGCGGUACUGCACACGAGCCUAUGACAGAUUUGGCAAAGAUAAUGUCAAGUUUGGUUGACGUGGAUGGAACUAUUAAGAUCAAGGGCAUUGCUGAGCAGGUCGCCCCAGUCACUGAUGAAGAGAAGGGUCUCUACAAAGACAUCGCAUUCACCAUGGACAACCUAUACGAGUCUCUUGGAAGUAAGACCGGUAUCUUCCCUGAUAAGGAGCGUACGUUGAUGGGCCGCUGGCGAUAUCCGUCGUUGUCGCUACACGGGAUCGAGGGCGCAUACAGUGCCCCUGGCGCUAAGACAGUGAUCCCCGCCAAAGUCAUUGGCAAGUUCAGUAUCCGAACGGUUCCUAACCUCGAUAUCGACGAAGUCAACAAGUGUGUUGAAGAGCACGUAAACGCCGAAUUCGCCAAGCUCAACUCAAAGAACACCUGUAAAGUAUUCUGUCAGCACGCUGGAAAGUGGUGGGUGGCCAGUCCGAAACACUGGAACUUCACUGCCGCAGCUAAGGCUGUCGAGAGCGUGUUCAAGGUCAAGCCAGACUUGACCAGAGAGGGCGGCAGUAUCCCUGUCACCUUAACAUUUGAGCAAGCUACUGGCAAGAACGUACUUCUUUUGCCAAUGGGUAGUUCUACAGAUGCUGCCCAUUCGACAAAUGAGAAGCUGGACCGAUAUAACUACAUCGAGGGUAUUAAGUUGCUAGGCUCAUAUCUUCACUAUGUAGCAGAGGAACCCAUGAACAAUUAG